UGUGGGUGUUGCCAAUACUUGUUCCAUUGACUGUAUGUGCAGCUACAUAUAAUUAAGUCCCAUAAUAAGCACGCAUAUCUACGUACAACUGCAAUUCACCAAAUUGUCAUUUAUAUUUAAAUUGCGGCUUAAAAACGGCUUGAAAACACAAUUUUCCAACGGAACAGGUCUCUGGGCAGAGGAUUUUUUUGGCAAAUUCGAGUUGUUUGAUCUCAUGGUCAAGUUUACUUAUUAAGCGACACGAGCCAUCAUCACACUGACGAUGAGAGAGUGCAUGGCUUCAAGGUUGAUUAAUGUAUGGAUCUUUUUUACCGUAAUGGACAGUGCAUAAAGUACGUGAUGGAAAUUUUUGACUCCAAUAUGAGAUUUGUGAUAAAAACAGCAUGAAUAUAAUGGAAUUCCUUGUCCAAACAAAACACCCCUGUAGAAUCGAUGACAUGCUCUUUGCACGGUUCAAACCGAUGUCUGUAUAUACUUGCACCCGUUCCCAUGCAGAUUUAUACAUAUUAUGCAAGUCUGAGUUUAAACUUUAGUUAGUUGACUGAUGGAAGAGAAGAGUUUUUAUCACAGUUUAUUUCCAUCCAAACUGAAAAGUACACACUAUAAUUUUUAUGUGUGAGAACUUGUCGUUUCGUUUGUGAAUUGAAAGUGAAUUUUACGGAUUUAAAUACAUACAUAAAAUGGUGGCGUUGUCAUUUCCAUUACUCAUUGUUUGCGGCGUUGUGGCAGUUUUAUUUUAUUACAAAGUAAUAAAGCGGAGUAAAAAAGGAACGCUGGAUGGAAUAAGACCCCCAGGUCCACGAGGGCUUCCAUUCCUCGGAAAUGUUCUCCAGCUCGAGAAGAAGAAUCCUUUCAUGUCAUUCGUCAAGUGGGCGGAAGAAUAUGGGGAUGUUUACUCAGUGAAAAUGUUGUAUCAAAACGUGGUGAUCGUCUCCGACUUGAAAAUGGUUAAGGAAAUGUUCUCCCAAGAACCAGCCUUCGCAGGACGGAUGAAUCCUGCCGGGGGUGUGAACGACUUGUAUACAAAUGGACAAAUGCAUGGCGUGAUUAAUACGGAAGGGCGACACUGGGAGGGCCUCAGAAGAUUCACACUCCGACAACUGCGAGAUUUUGGUUUUGGCAAGAGCACGAUGGAAGCUUUGAUCAUGGACGAGCUUGAAGAAAUUUUGGACUGGAUGAAGUCCAAGGAAGGUCUUCCUGUCACGAAUAUUAAGGAGCGGAUGUCCGUCGCUGUGGUCAACUCGUUGUGGACAGUCGUCUCUGGAAAGCGAUAUAAACAUGAUGACCCAGCAAUUUUGAAGUUGACGAAGGAUUUGACUGAAACAAUGGAAGAAUUGGCGAAAAGGAUGGGACCGGAAAUAAUGCUGCCAUGGUUGAAGUAUUUAGGAUUUAAAGGACUCGUCUUGUGGAGGAACCACUUGGAGCGAUUCAAGGUCCUCUUUUCCUCAACGGUACAAGAACACAGGGAAAAUUAUGCGGAAGAUAGUCCGAGAGAUUUUGUGGACGUCUUUUUAAAAGAAAUUUAUGCCUGCAAGGAUGAGGAAUCUCCAUUUUUUAAGGAAGUUGGAUAUCGACAGCUAACAGGUGUUAUUAAAGACUUGUUUGAAGCUGGAUCAGAAACCUCGUCGACGACGCUUUCUUGGAUAUUUCUCUACUUGUCGACGUUUCCCGAAGUACAGAAAAAAUUACAGGAGGAGAUUGACAGGGUAGUUGGAAAUUCGAGACACUGUGGUUUGUCGGAUAGGCCAAACCUCCCAUACGCAGAAGCCUUUCUUGCCGAAGUGCUUCGUUUUUCCUCCAUCGUCCCCGUCGGAGUACCGCAUCGAGCCCUUUUCGACGUGGUUUACAAAGGAUACGCCUUCCCCAAAGGUACCGGAAUCAUGGCAAAUCAGCACGGGAUUCAUCACAGCACGAAAAUCUGGGGCGAUCCGAAGAAUUUCCGACCAGAACGUUUUCUUAGUCCGGAUGGAAAAACGUUUAAGAAACACGAAGCCAUUAUUCCUUUCUCGAUUGGGAGGCGACAAUGCGCCGGCGAAACGUUGGCGCGGGACACCCUUUUCCUCUAUACGACCAACAUCUGCCAAAGGUUCGAGAUCAAGUUUGACCCAAAUGAUGCCAAGGCCAAUCCUGGCUUAUCACCGAAAAUGGGGAUCCUAUUGACUCCGGAACCGUACAAGGUUAUCUUUAAAGAUAGGGUUGAUUAGUUUGGCAAGGUUAUCCACGAUAUGUCUUAGUUAAAUUUGUAAAUUUUGCACAUUUCGUCUCACUCAUGCAGAAAUUUACGAAAUAUAUGUACACAUUUAAUUUGUGCAUGUCGAUAGUCGAAAGUGUUGUAAAUCUUUUACAAUGCUUUACAUUAUUCUUUUGCAGUAAAAGUAUUUAUUCAAAAUUAUCAUCUUUCAUGUUAGAAAAUAUUUCUGAAAUCCUCAUCGUUUGGUCCUAAUACAUAAAUAAAAUAAUAAAGGUUGUAAUAAAGGUCCCGAGAGAAGGGGAAAGUGUUUCGUGUUUGCAUCAUAAAACGUACUCAUUUACAUGCAUACAUACUAACAAGUAAGUAAUUGUAAGGAAUUUGCUGCCUUCCACUGUAUAAUUCUGGAUACUUGUUGCUAUGAAAUCAAAUCGUCGUGCGAAUGUCCUGUUGUGGAGGUGGAUUGAUCCAAUUUUUUCUUCAGGGUGAAUAUCCUGAGAUCAAGGAAGCGUGACGAAUGGUCGUUGUAAGUAUCUGCGUACAUCCGUUAUAUGUAAAUACGCUGUGUAUUCAUACAUAUGUAAUAAAUGUAAUGUUAACAAAUAACUGCCAAUGAGUUUCAUUGCUAAACUUAAAUACGUAUGUGCGUACCCGGCUGUAAUCUGUUUCCCUCCCUAUUUUUCGCAAAAAAAUCGAAUUUUAAUUAGUAUAUCUACAUAAAUUUGAAAACGUCUUAACGGAUAAACAUUGUGCAGCUGUUAACAAGACAAUCUUCCCAGUAAUCACAAUUGCAAAAAUCACAUACCUCAAAUUGUUCGCACAAAAUUAUUUAGCAAUGUCGACCCCUCAAGAAGAAGUUACUAACCACGUUCCCCUCAACAUAGAUGUCGUCUCCUCCAUUUGUUCAUGACUGACUCUUCCUGACAUUAAGAACUGUCGCCUCGUUUCUAAAAUGUGGGCUGCUGGAGCCAGCCCCGUUCUCAAAAGCGAAACCAGGAUCAGCUUUGAUUGCAAAAUAAUUCGAAAUAAGAGAGAGGUCAAAAGGACGGAAAAACGUGUCAGAGAAAUGGCUAAAUUUGGAAAUCCAUUUUAUUUAGAUAUUAAUUUUGGAUAUUAUACAUACACUGAGAACUUCAGCGAUUGGGCAUUUUCGCAGAGUAUCGAAUUAGUAAAAGAAUUCACUUUUCUGAAAAGACUAAAAUUUUCUGGUCAUAUUUUGCGAAGUUGUCAAUACGAAUUUUUGGAAGAUAUUCUCCUAAAUGUUUCCAAGAGUGUGACACACGUAGAAUUUGACCUGGAGUAUGACUUGGGGUUUGGACCACCUAGGGCCGAGUUGGAACAUAUUACUCAGGAUUUCUUGAAGGACAAGAAAUUAUUCGGCGUCAAAAAAUUGGAUAUCAAAAACGAGAUUAGGGAAGAAUGGAUGGAGCGAUUGACCAAUAUGUUCAGAGCGUUCCCAGAAGUGGAGGAACUUUCCGUGGCUAAUCCAUCUUGUUUAAAAAAUGUGGGGACAGAAUUACUAAAAUGCCUGAAGAAACUGCGCGUCACAAAUGCCGGUGGGGAGGAAGAAUUGGAGUCAUUGCAAACCUUCGACAAACCGCUGAAAGAGCUGACCCUGUACAAUAUCCAUUCCGAUAACCGUGACGAUGCAAACGUUCGAAUACACCUCCACUUGUACACGAUCCUCUCCAAAUAUCGCAACACUCUGGAAUCACUCACCUUAGAAUUAAGCUCAUUCACCAAAGACUUGACCAACAGUGUCUGGAAGUUGCCCACUUUUCCAAACUUGAAGCGUUUCAAGCUGUACAUUCCAUCUCUAAUUUAUGACGACGACCGUGGCGAUGAUGCACCCAAGGAGGAUAACCCACCCAAUGGGGACGACCGUAAUUUUGAUAUUUGCUUUGACUCAGAAAGCUUAAACUUUUCCACAAAUUUUCCCCAAUUGAGGGAAGUCGGUUUGAUGUUUGGGUACAAAUGGCAAGGGGAGUGGAUACGUUGCUUCGACUCUUUGUUCCCUGACAACAAUAAUGAACUGAUUUGCGGGGGUGUGGCUGAAUUUGAUAUCCGAGAUCAAUUUGACAAUCAAACCUAUAUGGUUUCUACAGCGUGUGAGAUUUUUAAAAAAGGUAGCGACAUUGAUACAAAGUUUUCCAGAUUUUUGAAAAUAUUUCCUAAAGCGGGGAAUAAGUUUAUGCAGGAUUUGGGCAAAUAUUUUGUCGAGAAGGAAUCAAUUGUUGGGUAAAUUUGGUUUUAUUUUCAGUUUUGGUAUGGGGAAAUUAAGAGAAUUGUAUCAGGUUAUUCCUGUGUUGUAGUUACCAAUUUUUUUGUAAUUAUUUAUUUUUCAUGGAUAGGUAUGUGUAAAAAUAUGUGAAAGUGCAUAAAUUGCGAUAUUAUGCCUGUUUGUUAUGAACAUUUUUGUAUAUAUCUAGAUUUAUAUUCACAUGUGAAAAAUUUUAUUUUAAAAUUUACUUUCCUUAAAUGCAUGGAUAGUUUUGCAUACAAAUGUUAAUGGGGGCACCUAAUAAAUUGAGAAUCAACAAUGUACAUAAAAAUUCAUAUUUGAAUGAUUGUUCAAAUAUCACCCUAUUAUUCCAAUUUAGACACGACAAUCAUGCAUGAUAACAGAUAUGACAUAUUUAAUGUCAUAUCUGUCAUAUCAUGUCACAUCAUAUUUUAUGUACAUAUGAAUUUAGACCAGUUUCAUCAUUAUCACUGGCUGAAAUAAUUAAAUUCGUCGAAGUUUUCCAGAUUUCAGGAACUUUCCUGGCUUCCUGCAAUUAGAUAUAUUAAUUUGUACUCCUUCAUUGGCCAAGCAUAAGACCAGAAAUGCUCUUUCAAAAAUUAUUGAGAUAAUUAUCAACUCAAAUUAAAUGAAUUUUGUAAUCUGUAUAUUUACACGGAAUUUAAUGUAUUCGUUUUAUACAGAAAUAUGUAAAUACAAAUAAAUAUAUGUUCAUCUUUUCGUCCAGAA